AUGACGAACGUUAAAUUAAAAUUAAUGUUCUUUAUAUUAAAUGCCGUACUAUCACCGGAUAUUAUUCACGCAAGACCAUACUCUGGAAUGAAUACAACAGAUGCUGCGUAUACAUACUACCAUAACAAUCGAUCUUUUACCUUACCUGUUGAUAGGAACUAUGACACAUUAGUUGUCGCAAGUGACGAAGAGACUCCAGAAGAAACUAGAAGUUUUAAGACACAGUUAGAUGAUAUUGUUAACGCUGAACAAGAUAGAGACGAAGCGUUAUCUGAAAAGGUGAUGAAAGAUCAAAUAAGCAUUCUGGAAAUGCAUAAAAAUGACGCCGAAGGCAUGGAGAAACAAUUAAACAUAUCAAGUUCACUUUUAGAAAAAAUUAUUGAUUCAGAGACAAACAGAGAGGAAUCAAUAACAGAUAUUCAAUUUAGAUCUUACUCAGAUUUUGUUGAUGGGCCAAAAUUUGAGUUUUUGAUAGCGGCUAAACCAAAUAAUAGUGAUGCAAUUAACUCGACUUUGACCGCUAAAGAUUCAGGGUUUAGUGAUAAUAAAUUGGACAAACUGGACAGAAAUAGCAGUGACGGACUAAAGAAGGUGGACUAUGUAGAAUUAGUGGAAGUUUUAAAGCCAUCAAAUGAGAACAAAAGUGCAUAUAAUUUGGCGAAUAUGACAGGUCACGAGGUUGACAACGAUUUAGCUCCUGAUACAAUUCUCUCUGUGUUCUCAGGUUUCACGGAUCUCCAGACGCUGUUCCUGGCCUGCUUUGGGACGCUACUGCCGCUGCUAGCGGUGCUCUUCGCAACUCUGGCCAUAAGGUGCAUGUGUAGACGCUGGUGUCCCGGUUGGUGCAAGAAGUCUACUGGGUCUUCUGUCUCCGAAGGCAGUGAGAAGCACGACACAAACCAGCAGAUAAAAGGCACGGCGGAAGACGGUAGCGGGGGUGUGGAUGGAAUUGAACGUGGGGACUCGCAGACGGCCAAUGGUUCAAUCUUCACGAUGACACUCAAAAACAACCAUCUCAUUGUGGAGACUGAAGAGAGGAAUGAUAUAAUGAGAAAUGGCCGUGAAACGAAAAUGAAGUACUCGCCAGACAACGAUGGCAUUUUCGUCGUAGAAGUGCAACAGUCAGCAGCAUAUAGACCUAACAAGUCCAUGCAGAGCUCUCCACAUCAUGACCCUCAAAUAUCUACCAACCAGGCACUAAUUCACCGCGUUCCUGAAGAGCUGGAAAGGAGGAUUUUAGAAGAAGAUAGCGAGAGAAGUAGUGAAAAAUUCGAAAGGCAAGCCUUAGCUUUGUCGAGUACUGGACUUUCCAUCUCGGAUCUGAGCAUGUCUUCAAUAGGAUCUCAUAAUGUCAGCUAUUCUUAUGGAAGUCAGAUAGGAUAUGAACAAGGUCCUUUUGGGUAUCCAGUGUAUGCCGGAUAUGAGGUAUCUAAGGAGGACACGGAUGGCAUGACUCAUGAUAGUUCCCAAGAACCAUUGAUUGGUAAGUUAUCAACAGAUCCUGAUAAACCGGUUGUUACAGCAGCGAUUUUCAAACAAGAUUCUAUUAUUGGAAAUGAAGUUUUGCAGGGGCCUGGUUACUGUAUUGAGGGUUCUACUGACGGACCUCUUUUUUCUGAUGUACAAGCUAGAGAAUACAGCCUACAACAUAUACUUGAUCAAAAAGAGAAAAAAGUUGAAAACGGUGUUCCGAUGGCAGCAACUGAAAGAAAUAGAAGUCCGGAAAAGAAAUUAAGCAGAUUUGACAGUCUGACUUUUCAAAUAGAAGAAAAACAUACAGUAUCAACGGAUGCAGCAUUGGCGAGUGUUAAAGAAGAUUUAUCUGUAAAAGAUGCUAUAAAAAGCAAAAGGGCCUCCCUUCCAACCAUCAGAGCUGAAGUUUAUGAAUCAGUUAAAGAAGUUAUAUUAACCGGGUCACCAAAGUUUGCAAAGUUACAGAACGAAGCGUCUCCGGAAGGUAAUAGUUUUGAUAAUGCUCCACCUAUGAUCACUAUCACGGAGGAGAGUGAGUCUGGCAAGUCUGAUAGCACCAGCUAA